AUAAAGAGUAGCAUUUUGCUUCUCCCUUCAAAACAGUCUCUCUCCUGCUGUUGGCUCUCUUAUCUCUUUGGCUAUUCUCGUUCCUUCACCAAAAGAUCGUUCAUGUCGUGCAAAUCUGCUCCUCCAUCGCCAGCGCAAUGCCUCGUUGUGGGAUUCGGUGGGAUCUGUCUGGAUUACUUGGCUGUUCUGUCCACUUUCCCGAAGCCUGAUGACAAAACCAGAUGCAAGAGCAUGAAAGUUCAAGGGGGUGGAGAUGCGGCGAAUGCUUUAACUUGUUUGGCUCGUCUGGGUGUGAGAGCAAGGCUUAUGUCUAAGAUUGCAAAUGACAUCCAUGGUAAGAGCCUAUUGGAGGAGCUAACGGUUGAUGGCGUCGAUACCUCUUUUCUCGUGGUUACCGAGGAUGGACAAACGCCGUUUUCCUAUGUUAUCGUCGACCAAUCAACGAGAACCCGUACUUGCAUUUUGACACCGGGAUUCCCUCUCAUGAAACCGGCUGACGUUUCCCCGAGCUUAAAUUCUGCACUCGAAGGAGCGAGGCUUGUCUACUUUGAUGCAAGAUACACAGAUACUGCAAUAGUCGUUGCCGAAGAGGCAGCAAGGCAAAAUAUACCCAUUCUCCUUGAUGCAGAAAAGAAAAGACCAGGACUGGAUGAUCUUCUUGACUUAUCCGAUUACGUCGUAUGUUCAGCUAAAUUUCCACAGGUAUGGACAGAGGCACCAUCCAUGCCUAGUGCCCUUAUAUCCAUGCUCCUUAGAUUACCGAAACUGAAAUUCGCAAUCGUGACCUUGGGGGAACAUGGAUGCCUGAUGCUGGAGAGAUUGUCAGAAGCAGAGAACCCUCUGAUGGGAGAAGAAGAUGCCGAUAACUUAUUGCAUUCUUUGGAGCAAGAAAAAGAUGAUAGUGUAGACAUACCAAUGUGCAUUCCAUCAAAAGUGGUGAAAUUGAAAGCAAACGGAAUCGGGUCAUUGACUGGUAGAUUAUUCGUGUGUACAGCCGAAAGGAUACCACCAUCAGAACUUGUCGACACAACUGGCGCUGGCGAUGCUUUCAUCGGAGCUAUCCUCUAUGCGUUGUGUAUGAACAUGCCCCCGGAAAAAAUGCUUCCCUUCGCUGCCACGGUGGCGGCUGCCGGGUGCAAGGAAUUGGGGGCUAGAACCGGUCUUCCCUACCGGACCGAUCCGCGUUUGGCUCCGUUUUUAGGACAAACUGGCAAUUCUGCGAAAUCAAACGGAGGAUGUCUUCCGGGUAGGUCAAGUGUCUGUGUUUGAAGAAGAAGACGUAAUCAACACCGACACUAUUGGUUUGGUGAUAUCAGGUGACAUUGCCCCGCAAGUCCUAAACCUUAUCUAUGGAAUGCAAUCGAGUACUAAACUUCUAGAUUGGUAUAAUCAAGCCCUAAACUUUUAGCAUAAGGUGUAAUUUAAAUCUUAAACCUUUCAAUAAAUGUAAUUCAGUCCUAAACUUUUACUAAAAUGUAAUCAGGUUCUAAACUCGUAGCGAAAAGUGCAAUCGAAAGCUGCCAAAGGCAAACUUGGAGUGUUCCCCAUAAAGACUUGAUUGAACUAUGAUAAAGUUAUAGAAUUUGAUUAAACCAAUUGAAAGAUUUGAAACCUUAUCGCAUUCCUACAUAGGAUUUAUGAUUUUCACUGCACUUUUCCCGGUGAUAUCAUGUUGGCAUGCUACAUAUAGUUUUUGCAAGGUAUUCUUUUCUCGGAGGGGAAAAUGCAGAGGAAGUCCUAAAUGUUGUGUAUGGAAUGCAAUCAAGUCCUAAAACUUCUUCUAAAAGCGUAAUGAAACCUAACAAUACCUAAGAUUGCCUAUGUAUCACUCAAAAAGUGCUUAUGUGGCACUCCUAAAUUGCACUUUUCAACAUAAUUUGAGGACCUAAUUGCAUUUUCCCAUGAAGGUUGAGGAUCUAGUUGAACCAAUUGACGGGGUUAGGAAUUGAUUGAGCUAAUUGAAAAAGUUUAGAACCCAAUUGCAUUCCGCAUUAAGGUGUCAGGACUCGUGGUGAAAUUUUCCCUUUUUUCAGACAAAGACGUCUUUCUUUACUGAUAUUGUAACUCUAGUUCGUAGUGAUGUGUUGUGUGAAUCUGUCAUUGCUCAUAAGCUUUACCUGCUGCUCGUUCGCCUCUGUAAUCCUAUGUAAUGUGAAUAAAGCUGGGGCAGGUGCAAAGCAAGAAUGAAAAUCUGCAUGUUUCGACUC